AAGCGUAAGUGCGGUGAGGGGAUGGAAUCGGGGAAGAAAUCCGAUACCAGCACCCUGUGCUCACGGCCAUCGGAACGUCCCCGCCGCCGUCAGCCGCACGAAAUCACCAGGGUCCCACCACCUAAACAACAGAGAGACAUGCCACGUCAGCUUCAGCCUUGCGCGUGAGAGCUAAAUAGGGGCCGCGACGCCCCCUCGAUCUGACCACUCCUAUCGCCGCCCCAAGGCCGCUACCGUUUUCUUCUAUUCCUUCUCUUGGAGGUGGCAGAGAAAUAGUAAAAAAAAACUAUUUUCUGUUGUUUCUCUAAUUGUCUUUGUCUUUGUUUAUCGUUUAGUUGUUGGAAUGGAGAGGGGGCCGAAGCCGGCACUGCGGUGCGGUAACGCUCACCCGUCGUUCUCCUCGACCCUCCUCGACGUCAUCUACCGGUCCAUCGACGAGACCGACGGCGGAGCAGUAAGGGAGCACCGCACCGGCGGAGCGCCAGACCGCCUCUACGACCGUGGCCCGGCCGCCGCUAAGAAGCAGCAGAGCUCCGUAGCCGACCGGUGGCCAGCGGAGAGGAGAAGCACCGCAGCGGUGACCCGACUUCGCAAGCCCAACAACCGCCGCGAUUUCUUGGUGAACUCGACUUCCAGCUCCUCCGACUGCUCCAGUUACGGCGGGUUCUCGUCCUCCGAUGCCGAGUCGGUGUCCCGCCCGCCCGGGCUUCGGCCGAUCCGGACCGGCAGUUUUCUUUACCGGUCCGAGGAGGCCAGGUCGAGACCCCCGGCUCCGCCGCCGCCGGUGGCCGCGUCGCCACCGGCGCACCCCCACCAGGACAAGAAGAAGUCGGGCUCGAUCCGGAGCAAGUUCCGGGAUCUGAGGAAGUCCAAGUCUCCGGCGUCGCCGGGGGCCCGCCUCGCCAGCUUCCUCAACUCCCUCUUCACCGCGGCUGGGAGCCCAAGGAAGUCCAAAUCCGCCACCGCCGCCGCCGCCGCCGCCGCCGGGCCCGCCUCUGGCGGUGGCGGCGGAACGGGAGGGGAGGAGUCGGCGUGUUCGACGGCGUCCUCGUACUCACGGUCGUGCCUGAGCAAGACGCCAUCGUCGAAGGGGCUGCCGGCGUCGGUGGCCGGGGAGGCGGUGAAAAGGUCGGUGAGGUUCUACCCGGUGAGCGUGAUCGUGGACGAGGACUGCCGACCGUGCGGCCAGAAGUGCCUCUACGACGGGGAUCCGGCGGCGGGGGCGACCCGGCGGCCGCCGCCGCCGGCAGCGGUGGCGAAGAAGAGGGUGGCGGAGCUUCUCCGAGGAUUUGAGGACGAGGAGGACGACGACGAGGGGAGCGAUUCGAGCUCGGAUCUGUUUGAGUUGGAGAAUCUGACGGCGAUCGGUGGGCGAGGAUACAGGGAUGAGCUUCCGGUGUACGAGACCACUCACUUUGGCACCAAUCGCGCCCUUUCCCACGGUCUCAUCCUGUAAUUAAAACAAAAAAAAAGGAAGAAGAAGGAUAUGAGAAAACAGGGCGAAAUUGGAAGGAGAAAAGAAAAGCCUGCGUAAUUUUCUUGGGAAAACUCAGUGUUUUCAUUUUGGUGUUAAUUACUGGUUUUGAGGUUAUAUGGGAAAUAAGAAUGAGCUUGUUUAUGUUUGGGAUUCUUUUUUUUUUGUUUUUAUAGUAUUUUUAUUUAUUUAUAUGUUUAUUUUUGAGGGAGGUGAUUAGGAGGGAAGUUGAUGUUAAUGAUUAUGUUAUUAUAAUAAAACGGACAAUUGUUAAGCGAA